CGGGCGCCGCGGAAGAUGGGGAACACGACCUCGUGCUGCGUGUCGUCCAGCCCCAAGCUCCGGCGGCACGCGCACUCGCGGCUGGAGCCCUACCGGCCCGACGCCGAGCUGAGCCGCGAGGACACGGGCUGCAACCUGCAGCACAUCAGCGACCGCGAGAACGUGGACGAUUUGAACAUGGAAUUCAACCCUUCAGACCACCCUCGGGCCAGCACAAUAUUCCUCAGUAAAUCGCAGACCGACGUGAGAGAAAAACGGAAGAGUCUCUUCAUUAACCAUCACCCUCCAGGACAAAUAGCAAGGAAGUACAGCUCCUGCUCCACUAUUUUCCUAGACGAUAGCACAGUCAGUCAACCGAACCUCAAGUAUACAAUUAAAUGUGUAGCUCUUGCAAUAUAUUACCACAUCAAAAACAGGGACUCAGAUGGGAGGAUGCUCUUAGAUAUUUUUGAUGAAAACCUUCACCCUCUCUCGAAAUCCGAAGUGCCACCCGACUAUGACCGACACAACCCAGAGCAGAAGCAGAUCUACCGGUUCGUGCGGACGCUGUUCAGUGCUGCUCAGCUAACGGCGGAGUGCGCCAUCGUCACCCUGGUGUACCUCGAGCGACUCCUGACAUACGCGGAGAUCGACAUCUGCCCGGCCAACUGGAAGCGCAUAGUCCUGGGGGCCAUCCUGCUGGCCUCCAAGGUGUGGGACGACCAGGCCGUGUGGAACGUGGACUACUGCCAGAUCCUGAAGGACAUCACCGUGGAGGACAUGAACGAGCUGGAGCGACAGUUCCUGGAGCUGCUGCAGUUCAACAUCAACGUUCCUUCCAGCGUCUACGCCAAGUAUUACUUCGACCUGCGCUCCCUGGCCGAGGCCAACAACCUGAGCUUUCCCUUGGAGCCGCUGAGCCGGGAGAGGGCUCACAAGCUGGAGGCCAUCUCUCGCCUCUGCGAGGACAAGUACAAGGACCUGAGGAGAAGCACGCGGAAGCGGUCGGCGAGCGCGGACAACCUGACCCUGCCCAGGUGGUCCCCGGCCAUCAUCUCGUAACGGCGGCCGCCGGGGGCCGGCGUCCAUCCCGCAGUCUCCUCCCGUCUGAGAAAAGACAAACUUGGGGUGGUUUUUGUUUCCUUUUUUUUCCCCUAUCCUUUUCUUUUUUUUUUUUUUUAACUCAUAGCUCCGUCAGGCCGCCUUCGCCUUGCGGGGAGGCAGGACUCGUGCGGUGGGCACCCUGUGUCACACUUUGCCCCGUCGGCAUUGGCGUUGGCGUCGGCGUCAGCAUGGGCAGUGCCUCCCGCGCCACGGGAACAGACUCUGACCCCGGAGGAGGAACCGAGGGAGAAGGGAAAGUGUUGGAGAGGCAGGGAAGACGGCCGGGGCGAGGCCGUGUCUUAGGGGCCUGGCCGGCCAGUAGUUGAGUCCAAUGGAAGACGCAACAGUAGAUAACAAAGAUGGAUGUGCAUUGAACACAGGCGUGUGCCGUGGUCACGCGUGUGGACCCGUGUGUUCUGUGGGACUCCUCGCCUUCCCGCCCACCGCCGUUGUGGGCACGGUCUUCACUGGGGUUCGGUUUUUGGUCCCACAGAGCAGAGAAUAUAGUUUGUACCCACCAUGGCACAGACAUCCAAAUAAAUAGUACUGGUUGUUGCUCUCUGCA